UUUGUUCUGAUUUCUGCAAGCGCCGAGAAGAAAACUGUUUUUCUAGUUUAUAGCUAAAAUUAAUAUUUUAAUGAAAUCUAAAUAGGAUCAUUAUUUCAUAUUCAUUUACGACAGUAAUAGCCAGUAUUUAAUAUAGUAUAUGUGUUAAGAAGUCAUAUAAUGUGUUGAACCAUGGGUGGUGGAGACUUGGUAUUUUUUUACACACUAUAUUAUAAUACAAAAAAAGCUUGGCAUCCCAGUACAUUGAAAAAUCAAGAACGAGUAUGGAAGGCGGAACAGGCCGCGGCCGCGGAGCAGAAACGAAUUUUGGAGUUGCAAAGAGAACGAGCCCAGGAGAGAGAUCGCGAAGAUUUGAACAAACUGGCAAGACAAAAUUCUGAUGUGAUAGCGGGAACCAGCGAUAAUCGGUUGUCUUGGAUGUAUGAUCAAAAACCUGACAAAAGAAUUCAGCAAGAAGAUUAUCUGCUGGGUAAAGCUAUAGACAAAAAUUAUGAUAAUGCUGGAAAAUGUGACCAAAAUGAAAUCCCAGCAGUUUCACGUAGAGUUGUUGGGUCGAGCAUGAUCACAACAGGAGGUGAUACUCAAGUGGAUUUAACACGAAAGCUUCGCGAAGAUCCUUUAUUGUUGGUCAAGGAAAGAGAGAGGGCCGCAAGGGCUGCUUUAUUGAACAAUCCAGUUCAACGAAAGAAACUUACAGAGUUAUUAAGAAAAGAGCAGGAACAGAAAAAUCAACUGAAAUCUGAAAAGAAAUCAAAAAAGAAAAAGAAAGACCUAGAUGAUUUGCUGGCAGCAAAACUAAGUGCAUUGGGUGGUGAGAAAGGUAUGAACAUUGCAAAAUUACUUGAAUCCUCAAAUGACUCAGAAUCAGACAGUUCUUCAGAAGAAGAGAAAUCCAAGAAGAAAAAGAAAAAGAAGAAAAGCAAAUCCAAAAAGCGCAAACGUAAUGUUGAUUCUGAAUCACCAGUCAAAAGUAAAAAAUCUAAAAAAUCCAAGUCGUCAAGUAAAAAACAUGAUGAUGAGGAUAAUGCUAGUGAAACAGAAGCAUCUCGAAACAGAAAAUCUGAAUUUAAAAAACACAAGAAAUGUCUACCAACAAAUACAAAAACUAAUAGAGAUGAUAGAUAUGACAGUGAUGAUGACAAGUCUUUUCAUAAAGAGGAGAGGAGAGAUCAUUCUUAUCAUAGUAAGAGCUCAGAAAAGCAGCAGAGGGGUAGAGAAUCCAGCUCCAAUCGAAAAGAAAGACACAAAAUGAGAUGUAGUGAAUCAAGCUCAGAUGAAAAAGGAAGAACUGAACAAAGACAUUUUAGUGAAUCAAUCCCUGAUCGACAAAGAAAAGAAAAACAGCAAAUAGGACAUGGUGAAUCAAGCAUUAAUCGAAAAGAAGCAGCAAAAAGGGGAAUAAAUUCGGAAAUUCGAAAGGCAGGGGACAGGGUAGAAUAUAGACCAGAAAAGAAAAGGUCAGGUCUCAGUGAAGAGGAGAUAAAUGCAAGACUAGCUGCUAUGGCUGCUGCUGGAGCUGAACGAGAGGUUCAACGAGGUCGACGAGUAGCCGCCCAGUUGGCAGAAAACGCAGCUGCAGAGAAGUCUGUACCCCGUCAUUCAUCGCGCAAUGAAGCGCGCGUGUUACCAGAUUCACUUGAAAGCAGAAUUCAUUCAAAUAGACACUAUAUUCAACGUGAUCAGCGGCACAUGAAUGAGCAUUUUGCUAGACGAUGAAAAUUAAAAAUCACGUACUUAAUCACGUACUAAAGGAAUAAAAAUAAAAAUCUCGAUU